UCCAUAUAAGCUUUAUUCUGAUUGGAUGAUUGGAYUGUGUUUUAGUUUCGCUUUGUCGAUGAGAUUCCUAUUUCGAGUCAUUUGGGACCAAUGUCGACAACAUUCACAUGCAGUCGACACUAAAAUGGCCCCUUCCAUUAAUCUACGUAAAUCGAAAGUCGAACUUCACGUACAUCUAGACGGGGCUUUACGGUUAACRACGAUCAUUGAGCUUGCAAGAGAAAAGGGUAUAAGUUUACCAGCUUAUACUCCAACAGAACUAAAAAAACAUGUGAGCAUUCAUUUGAAAAAAAGAUCUAAACCAACUCUGGAAAAAUUUUUGAAUUGUUUCAAAAUAUUUAUCCCAAUCAUCAAGGGAGAUGAAAGAGCCAUUGARAGAAUUGCAUAUGAAUUCUGUGAGGACCAAGCAAAUUGUGGGGUGUUYUACUUUGAAACCAGAUAUUGUCCUCACUUACUUGCCUCCUGUGGGUUUGAUGGGAUAAAAGAGACUAGGGAAUUGAAUGUCACACCUUCUAAAGUUGUUGCUGCAGUUAAUAGAGGGUUGCGGCAAGGACAAGUGGACUUUAAUAUCAUUGCAAAGUCUAUUUUGUGCUGUAUGAGGCAUAAACCAGAAUGGUCAUUUGAUAUUUUGAAGUUGUGUAAUGAAUACCGAGAUGCAGGUGUCGUUGGAAUAGACUUGGCAGGAGAUGAAUCACAAGGAGAAGUCCCUGCAGUAAAAGAUCAUGUCAUGGCUUUUGAAGCCUUGGAUCAGCUUCAUGCUGAAAGAAUCGGACACGGUUAUCACAUACUUGAAGACCCUGUGCUAUACGAUCAAGUGAUCGAAAGGGGUAUACACUUAGAGGUUUGUCCCACAUCGAGCCUGCUUACUGGGGCAGUCAAGCCUUGCUUCGCUAAGCAUCCAGUGCGAAAGUUUGCAGAAGACGGUAUCAACUAUUCUAUUAACUCAGACGAUCCGCUAGUCUGUGAYACAAAUGAACAAAAUGAAUAUAGAGUGGCGUACAACAAGAUUGAACUCAACGCAGCGGAACUGACUAGAGCGACGUUCAACGCGGCUAAAGCAGCCUUCAUUCCCGACGAUGAAAAACGCCAGCUAAUUGAAUAUUUGAAGGAGGUUCAUGGGAUACCUGGUGCUAAAAAACUACAGGAGAUGGAUGAAGACUAGCUGGUUUACUAGCAACYCCCCCAUUUAUCGAUUGUAGGAAAAACCUCUCCUAAUAGACAUUAGUUAAGAUGACGGUUCUUGGGGCUGGUUGGAUGGAUGUGUCGUCAUGUGACUUCAAUGUGGUGAUUCUGGUUGGUUAACUAUGUCGUCACGUGACUUCAAUGUGGUGAUUCUGGUUGGUUAGCUUUGUCGUCACGUGACUUCACUUUCUUGGUUUUUGAAUGGAAUCCAAAAAAACCACAUWCCUUAUGUGUGAUGUGGUAAUGAUGAAAGUAUUCCGAUUCCCCUCGAUCCAAAACAUAUUCAUUUUAUCGAUUUUCGUAUGYACUAUUUUGAUUGAGGUCCACUGAUUUACGUCUACUGCCUGCCUCGCCAGUGGAUGGAGUCUGUGCUAACUCUAAUUUAUACUGAUAUUAUUUUUAUGUGUUACGCGGCAACGAAAAAAAUAAUACUAUAAAUGAGAAUCGCAUGAUAAAAGGAAGUUUGAAGCAUUACACUCUAGGUAUUAAUAUCAUCUUAAUAUAUUUUACAUUUCGAUGUCUCCAAAAAUAUUUGAAAUACUAAAUUCAAAGUUGUUUUUUUUGAUAUACGAGGAAAUAUCUUUCUCGUAGGAAAAUCAAAUUAGCUCAACAAACAGGGGUUAAUAUGUGAAUAGCACUUUUAGUGUCGAAACCAAAAUAUUAUGUAUUUUUAAAAUGACGAGGUUUGACGUUUUAAUUUUUUGUGGGUUUACAUCUAAAGUUCUUUUAUUUUAUCAUAAAUUAAUUUUUAGUUUCCUUUAAUGUUUAGUGAAAUUGCACUUUGGAAUGCUGCCUAAACCAUUGCAAGUGUGUUAUUUGAGAACAUUGAAAUGGCUUUUUUAAAAUCAAAAUGGCUUCCCAUGAACAUUGCAAUGUUGUUGCCUUUUGUGUACAGGAGCGACAAAAUCAAAUCAGUUUACAUUGUCGAAAACAUUAAAUAUACCAAAUUAUCCAUGAAUCGAUAAGCA